CAUUCCUAUUGGUCAUUUCUUCCAUCAUAUGAAUUUCAAUCUUAUUUGAAAAAACAAAGAAAAAACACAGAAUUCCGGUUUAUUAUUCUAGCUGAAAUAUUUAAUAACUGUUGGUAGAAAUGUGUUUUCAUCCAUUCAGGGUUAAUAACUGGCCCUCCAUGACUGCAAUACCAAGGAGAGCCGUUGUAAUUUGUAAAAGGUAAUAGACGGGUCUCAUUAUUGUGACUGAGCUCAGAUAGGUAUUAGUUUUCUGUUACAUGCUUAAUUGUCAUGAAUUUGUUGACACAUCUUACUCAGUGUUUAUGUCGCAUAUGCGUAUGGAGAGAAGUCACAUUAUAUGAAACCAUGAAAAUUACAGCCAUAGCUCAGUAUUUUCUACGGUUUGUGUUAUUUAUCACACGUUUAAUUGUAAUGUAGUCUGCCAUAAAACAAAAACAAACAAUAAAUCUUACAACGUGCUUCCAGACAGAAUGCACUUCGUCCUGGGACAUUUAUUCCCUAAUGUUUGUCUUGCCGGCUAUUGUUUAUGACGCCUGACUCCACCAAUUAAAUGGUUAUCAGUUAGGUUUCAGCCAAUCAUGGCGAAGGGGGCGGAACUAAGAUGCACCCUGAGAGAAAGUUUUGCCUGACAGGCAAAGCACAGGGAAGAAAACCCAGCUAAAUCCACAGUAUCCGUUCCGUAUUCAUCAUUCUUAUUUGUCAGCUUGUUUAUUUCUACAACGCUGCCGCUAUACAGCAGCCACCUGUCAAAAGCAGAAAAGUAACUUCAGCUUUAUCUCCAACCGACACCGUCCAGUAAGCUGUAUAGUGUCCGCUGUUUUUAAAGCGACGCUGAACUGGACUGUUUACAAAUCGUCGUCAACAACUGUCGAGGCACCAGCUACCCUUCACAUUCAAUAGACGGUAGCUUACACAGCAAAAAUUUAAGCAAGAUUAACACACUGUCUGGACCAUGGCAGUUCAGCUGCAGCGCCCCCAAGCGGCUGUGGCCUGUCUGCUGCUGUACUACUUGUCGUCUGGCCUGUCCAUCCCAGACCCCAGGCAGAGAGAGGCUCUCAUACAGCUGGAGUCCUCCAUGCAGACAGGCGGGCAAAUAGUGUUGAAUGAUGCUGAAAAGCGGCUGGACGUUCGUCUGUUUAAAAUGAAGCAGGAGGAGAUAAUGAGAGCAGACUUUCCUCCCACCAUGCAUUUCUUCAAGGCCAGGCACCUCAUCAGGACCAGUCCCAUCUUCAGCCUGCUGCAGAAAAUGCCUAAAGGGGGAGCUCUCCAUGUACACGACUUCUCCAUGGUCGACGUAGAGUGGCUAGUGAAGAAUGUGACAUAUCGGCCGCACUGCUACAUAUGCUUCACUGACAACCAGUCCAUCAGGUUCAUCUUCUCGUCUCAAUUGCCCAAAUCUCUACCACAUUGCUCUGUCUGGACCCUGCUGGAAAACCUCAGGGCCAAGAUGAUCAACUCCACAGAUCUGGACAAUAACAUCAUGGGCAACCUGACGCUGUUCACUGAUCAGGAUCCAGAGGCAGUGUACCCCAGCCAGGAUGUGGUAUGGGGCAGGUUUGAACAGGCCUUCCUUGCACUCUGGGGUCUGGUCACAUAUGCUCCUGUGUUCAGAGAUUAUUACUACCAAGGCCUCACCGAAUUCUACACGGAUAACGUCAUGUAUCUGGAGCUACGGGCUCUGCUCCCCGAGAUAUACGAGUUGGACGGCAGCACUCACGACAGAGCCUGGACUCUGAAGACUUAUCAGGAUGUCACCAGACAGUUCACAGCAGACCACCCAGACUUCUUUGGAGCAAGAAUCAUCUUCACAGUCCACAGGGGAGUAAAUGAAACUGUAAUGACUAGCGUUGUGGAGGAGGCUAUGAAGCUGCAGAGAGACUUCCCAGAUAUCAUGGCUGGUUUUGACCUGGUAGGCCGUGAGGACUCAGGCAGACCACUGUGGUAUUUCAGAGAUGCCCUGUCACUGCCUGUAGAGAGAGGGGUCACGCUUCCUUUCUUUUUCCAUGCUGGAGAGACUGAUCUUCAAGGCACAGAGGUGGACCAGAACUUGUUGGAUGCUCUUUUGUUGAACACUUCACGCAUUGGCCAUGGAUUUGCUCUGCCUCGCCACCCAGUGGCCAGAGAAAUAUCCAGGAAGAGAGGGGUGGCUGUGGAAGUGUGCCCCAUCUCCAACCAGGUGUUGAAGCUGGUAAACGACAUUCGAAAUCAUCCAGCAGCUGCGCUGAUGUCAGAGAACCACCCAGUGGUCAUCAGUUCUGAUGACCCUGCCAUGUUCGGUGCCUCUGGCCUCUCUUAUGACUACUAUGAGGCUUUUGUGGGCUUUGGUGGGAUUAGAUCCCAUAUAGGCUCCCUCAAAGAGCUGGCUAUGAACUCUGUUAGGUAUAGUUCUUUGAACCCAAAGGAACAGGAAAAGGCCCUGGUUCUGUGGCAGAGAAGAUGGGAUAAGUUUGUCUCUGAAAAUUCUUUUUAGAAAGAAAUCUAACAUUUUGAAAUGCUAUCCGGCCUUAAUCUUCCUUUCAGAAUGGAAAGUCUUGACACAUGAAUUAUAGAUGGCAAUAGGAUAUGUAAACAGUGCACAAGCAGGUUUGUGGUCGGCACAAAUAUGGGUCAGCAAAGCUACUUUGAGAUAACAAUGUGGAGCUGCUGUGUGCGAGUGUGAGAUAAGUCCUGCAAAACAAGGGACAUUACUUGAACUACACAGAUGAUGUAUCCUCAAUCAAAAGGAAUCUUAUGUCUAGUUUCAUUUAGGAUUUUUAAAAAUCUAUUUGAAUGUAUUUGCACUUUAAGAUUCAGGUUUGCCUAUGUACAAUAACAGUGCCAGACAGCUGUGUUAACUGUUGAUGUGCUGAAUGCUGUAUGAUUUCUCUUUGUACAGUCGUGUGGUUGUGCUUUGUAAUAUGAUAAUAGGUAGAUUGUUAAAAUGCAUGUUUUUUUUACUUGAAUGUCAUUUUUUUUUUUUAGAUUUUUAGCUGUUAUGGAUUAAGUUGAUCUUAUAUCACAUUUUAUGAAGAUUCAUAUGAACAAUCGUCAGGAUCAUCCAGACAUUUAAAAGCUGUGAACUGUCCAAACUAAAUUUGACUUGAUGAUUAAAAGGAACUGAUAAUUAA